GCUCUCUUCGUCGCACGUACUCCUCCUCGUCACCAGAUCCAUGAUGUUCUCCCGCAUGUCCCGCCGUGUCGCCUCCGCCGCCAAGCGCAGUGCCACCCGCACCUUCACCACCCAGGCUCGUGCCGCUUCGGCCGUGAAGGCCCCAGUUCUUGCUGUGGCUGCCGCUGCUGGUGUGACGGCCCUGGCCCUGAGCGCUGCCCCCGUGGCUGAGAACAAGGCUGCUGUCCAGUCCUCGACGCCUCUGGGUGGCGUGCCCGGAACCUCCAAGGAGCGCACGUUCAUUGCCAUUAAGCCCGAUGGCGUGCAGCGCGGUCUGAUCAGCGAGGUGAUCGGCCGCUUCGAAAAGAAAGGCUACAAACUCGUGGCGCUAAAGCUUAUGACCGCCACGGAGGCUCGCGCCAAGGCCCACUACGCCGACCUGUCGGAGCGUUCUUUCUUCCCGGGUCUCGUCAAGUACUUCACCUCGGGCCCCAUCGUGUGCAUGGUGUGGGAGGGCACGGACGUGAUCCUCACCGGCCGCAAGAUCUUGGGCGCGACCAACCCCAACCAGGCUGCCCCCGGCACUCUGCGUGGCGACAACUGCAUCUCCACGGGCCGCAACCUCGUGCACGGCUCGGACGGCCCCGACUCGGCCAAGCACGAGAUCACUAUGUGGUUCACCCCCGAGGAAGCCAGCAACUACGAGCGUGCCCUUGACACGUGGAUCGUUUCGGACAACUAAGCAAUGCUCGGGCUAAGCGCGGCUGGCGAAGGAUGAGAUCCACCGCUUGCCUCAGCACCUCAUUGUAUUACCUUGCUUCCAUACACUAAAGCAAUAAAAAUGAUGAUGAAGCAGUC